AUGCGUCUGGUUCCAAAAGAGCUCGACAAGCUCGUCAUCUCGCAGGUGGGCUUUCUGGCGCAGAAGCGGCUUGCCAGAGGCGUCAAGCUGAACUACAGCGAAGCAACGGCGCUCAUUGCAAACAACCUGCACGAACUCAUCCGCGAUGGCAACCACAGCGUCGCAGAUCUCAUGGACAUCGGCUCUACCAUGCUGGGCCGUCGCCAUGUCCAGCCUUCCGUCUGUGCUACUCUGACCGAAAUCCAGGUUGAAGGCACAUUCCCCAUGGGGACCUAUCUGGUGACUGUCCACAACCCAAUCCGUACAGACGACGGUGACCUUGCUCGAGCUCUGUACGGAAGCUUUCUGCCUAUCCCAGAUGCCAGCUUGUUUCCUCUUGCGGCUCCAGAGGAGUAUGAGCCUACUUCGCGGCCUGGCGUGGUUGUGGCCGUCAAGGGCAAGAUUGCGCUGAACCAGGAUCGCAAGAGGGUCAAGCUCAGGGUGACAAGCAAGGGCGAUCGACCUAUUCAAGUGGGCUCACAUUAUCAUUUCAUCGAGACGAACCCGCAGCUAGACUUUGAUCGUGAAAAGGCAUAUGGACAUCGCCUUGAUAUUCCUGCGGGGACUUCAGUCCGCUUCGAGCCCGGAGAUACCAAGACAGUGACGCUUGUUGAAAUUGGGGGCAACAAGGUCAUUCGCGGAGGAAAUAACCUCGCCACUGGAGGCUUGGAGCUAUGGAGAGUCAAUGACAUUGUUGAAAGUCUUCAGAAGGCCGGCUUCGCGCACACGCCAGAGCCUUUUGCUGAUUCUGCCCACAUCGACGGUUUCCAGAUAGAUCGCGCCGCAUAUGCGACAAUGUUCGGCCCCACAACCGGCGAUGUAGUUCGCUUGGGAAACACCAGCCUUUGGAUCAAAGUCGAGAAGGAUUACACUGUAUAUGGUGAUGAGUGUAAGUUUGGUGGCGGCAAGACGUUGCGAGAGGGCAUGGGACAAGCAUCUGGACGGCUAGACGCUGAUUCCUUGGACUUGGUGGUGACCAACGCGCUUGUGGUUGACUGGACAGGCAUCUACAAGGCCGACAUUGGAGUCAAGAAUGGCCACAUUGUAGGAAUUGGCAAGGCAGGCAACCCCGAUGUCAUGGAUGGCGUCACGCCUGGAAUGGUCGUUGGUAGCUGCACUGAUGUUAUUGCUGGUGAAGGGAAAAUUAUCACGGCCGGUGGCAUUGAUACUCAUAUCCAUUUUAUUUGCCCACAGCAAGCGGAUGAGUCUCUGGCAUCAGGCAUCACCACGAUGCUGGGUGGCGGUGUUGGACCCAGUGCUGGCACCAACGCGACAACUUGUACUCCGGGCAAAAACUAUAUGCGCCAGAUGCUCCAGGCUUGUGAUGAGCUCCCUUUGAAUAUUGGAAUUACUGGCAAGGGCAACGACAGCUCCCCCGUCGCCUUGCGUGAGCAGAUUGCCGCUGGAGCUUGCGGUCUCAAGCUGCACGAAGACUGGGGCAGCACGCCGGCAGCAAUUGAUUCAUGCCUCACGGUUUGCGACGAGCUUGAUGUCCAGUGUCUCAUCCACACUGAUACGCUAAACGAAUCUGGUUUUGUCGAAUCCACCAUCGAAGCCUUCAAGGGCCGUACCAUCCAUACGUAUCAUACUGAAGGCGCAGGUGGCGGCCACGCCCCAGACAUCAUCUCCGUGGUCGAGCACCCCUAUGUGCUCCCCUCAUCGACUAAUCCUACCAGACCCUACACUUCCAACACGCUUGACGAGCACCUGGACAUGCUCAUGGUGUGCCACCACCUUUCCAAGGAUAUCCCCGAGGAUGUUGCCUUCGCUGAAAGUCGAAUCCGUGACAAGACCAUCGCCGCAGAGGAUGUGCUCCACGACCUUGGCGCAAUCAGCAUGAUGAGUUCCGAUUCGCAAGCCAUGGGAAGGUGUGGUGAAGUCAUUCUCAGGACAUGGAAUACAGCCGAUAAGAACAAGUCGCAGAGGGGCACUCUAGAAGAAGAUGCCGGAACGGGUGCCGACAACUUUAGGGUGAAGCGCUACGUGAGCAAGUAUACCAUCAAUCCGGCCCUAGCACAAGGCUUCAGCCAUGUUAUUGGCAGUAUCGAGGUCGGCAAGCUGGCAGACUUGGUGGUAUGGGAUCCAGCUUGGUUUGGCACGAAGCCGUCGCUAGUAAUCAAGAGCGGACUCAUUGCCUUGGCUCAGAUGGGCGACCCCAAUGCCUCCAUUCCCACAGUUCAACCCAUCAUCGCCCGGCCCAUGUUCGCCCCCCUCGUGCCGCAAACCAGCAUCCUCUUUGUGUCAAACGAAUCCAUCACCUCUGGCGCCAUUGAAUCAUAUGGCCUACGCAAGCGCGUCGAGGCCGUCAAGGGAUGCCGCAGCGUAUCAAAGCGGGACAUGCGCUUCAACGACGCCAUGCCCAAGAUGAGGGUCGAUCCUGAGAGCUAUGUCGUCGAAGCAGACGGGCAGGUGUGCAGUGCUGAGCCAGCGACUACGCUGCCAUUGACACAGGCUUGGUAUGUGUAUUGA